GUCACAGCUGACUGACAUUAUACAAACGUCUUGUUUUGAUUUUUGUUUUUUAUGUAACCUUACUUCAACACCUGUUUGUAUUUUUCGUAAAUUGGUGAAAUACCCCGGCAAAUAUCCUGAAUUCCCAAGGUUAUCCUGUCAAAAUAAGCGCACAAACUAGGAAAAGAAUCACAUUUCAAGAAGUCAAAUGGCUCGCGGUACACAAGAACUUGCUGGGCUCUUGCGGGGGCUUCAGAUUGUCGUCAGUGCUGUAGCGAAGGAGAAUCAAACCCUCUACAAGCAUUUGUGGUCAAAUUCCAGCAUACGUGAGUUAAUCGAAGGUAAUUUAGAGCUGAGUCGGAAGUACCUGGAUAAAGCCACAGCAAAUCCCGGUGAAGAGCUAAAAACUUUACAAUCGCUUCUAAAGGAAACACAGGAACGAACCUGUGUAGUUUUUGAAGGCGCAAAGCAAUUAAGUAGAAUACAAUUGCCUCAAGGAGUCAAUAUGAUGAGUCAGAGCAAUCCAGGCCAACAACCUACAGAAGGAAGUACAUCGAAUACUGCGCAGCAACUUCCUCCUGAUGCCGCGAACCUAGAUAUUUCUUCAAUAACUCUCAGGGAACUGGAAAAGAUUCUCUCAAAACGUAGCAAAGAUCGAGAAGUCAGCCUUCGAUUGGCAACGACAAAAGUGGCUACAGAACCUCCACCAGCCGAGGCAGUCGAGGAAGUGAAACCAAUACCUCCCAAUCCAAGUGUAUCUAAGGCAAUGACCGAUGACGAAAAAUAUGUAGGAAAUGUGUUGAACAUCCUUAAAACAGGAACUGUACAGGAAACUUCUACACCGCCAUCACCAUCCUCGGACAAUAUAGUUCUUCCGAAAUUGAGCACUGUGGCGAAGCAGCGGAAGGUUCCUUCCAGUCGAAUCGGACGAAUGGCUACAUUUGGAAGCCUCUUCGCUGGUCUCGGAAUAGGCACCAUCAAUGAGCUCACAAAAGGUGCCUUAGGCAUGGGAGGAUCCAAGAACGUGAAGGAAGCACUCUUCAGUCCUGCCAAUGCCGACAGGAUUGUCGACACCUUGUGCAGAGUUCGCGGAGCCGCCCUAAAAAUAGGACAACUCCUUAGUAUCCAAGACAACAGUUUGGUUUCGCCGCAAUUGAUGAAGGCAUUUGAGCGAGUGCGACAAGCUGCCGACUACAUGCCCGAUUGGCAAGUAGAACAAGUCAUGUCCUCCGAAUUGGGCGCCGAUUGGAGGAGUAAGUUGACUUCCUUCGAACAGAAGCCAUUUGCCGCUGCAAGUAUUGGUCAAGUCCAUAGAGCAGUUCUUUUGGAUGGAAUGGAGCUGGCUAUAAAAAUUCAAUAUCCUGGUGUGGCUAAGAGCAUUGAGAGCGACAUUGAUAAUUUGGUUGGAAUGCUCAAAGUUUGGGAUGUCUUUCCAAAGGGAUUUUUCAUUGAUAAUUUUGUUAAAGUAGCUAAACGUGAAUUAGCCUGGGAAGUUGAUUAUUUGAGAGAAGCUGAAUACACGGAAAGAUUCAAAGAGAUGAUUGCACCAUACCCAGAGUAUUAUGUUCCUACUGUGAUUAAAGACAUGACCACAACGAGUGUCCUUACAACCGAACUUGUACCCGGAGUGCCUCUAGACAAAUGCUUCCAAAUGAGCUACGAACACCGACGAAUCAUAGCCGAAUCAACUCUUAAACUGUGCCUGCGGGAGCUCUUUGAAUUGCAAUGCAUGCAAACAGAUCCAAAUUGGUCCAACUUCCUGUACGAUGACAAGUCAAAGCGACUAAUGCUGAUUGAUUUUGGUGCGACGAGGUUCUAUCAAAAGGACUUCAUCAAAAACUACCGUCAUGUUAUAAUGUGUGCAGCCAAUAACGAUCGAAAAGGAGUUCUCGAUACAUCCAGAGAAAUGGGAUUCCUUACGGGUUAUGAAUCAAAGCAAAUGGACGAAGCACAUGUUGAUGCGGUUAUGAUUUUGGGAGAGAUAUUCCGAUAUGAUGGAGAAUUUGAUUUCGGAUCUCAAAAUACAACACAAAGAAUAGCUACACUUGUACCAACAAUGGUCGCCCAUAGAUUAUGUCCACCUCCUGAGGAGAUUUAUUCGAUUCACAGAAAGUUGUCGGGGGUGUUUUUGUUGUGCUCUCGAUUAAAUGUUAAGAUGAAUUGUAAACCGUUUUAUAAGGAAAUCAUUGAAGGCAGUGUGAGGAAUUGAGUAUUUUAACCAAAGCUUGGUGUGUGUUCGUGAAAAUGAAUAAAGUGUUGUUUUUUUAAUGUUUUGCUUAAA